AUGGUAAAAAUUCGAUACCUUAUUGUUGAUGCUCACACCUCUUAUAAUAUUUUGCUAGGGAGACCCUCGUUGAAUACGCUUGGUGCAGUAGUCUCCACAUAUCACUUGGCCAUGAAGUUUCCGUCAGCUUCAGGGGACAUAAUCACUGUGCACGUAGAUCAGCUGACUGCUCGCAGAUGCUAUGUGGACAGUUUGAGAGAAAGACAGUUUGAGAAGGUCUUGGAGGAAGCGGAAAUAGACUUGGAUCCUCGGGUCAGCAGCGAGGAGAGGGUGGAACCAAUUGAAAGUACGGAAGAAUUCCAUUUUGAUGAGCAUUGGUACACCCAUGUCAGCAAGACACUUGUAAAGACCCCUGAGAUGUGGGAAUUAUUACAAAGGAACGUUGAUUUGUUCGUCUGGAGCGCGACCAACAUGCCAGGCAUUGACCCGAGAGUAGCCAGUCACAAACUGUCUAUUUUUCGGGAAGCUCGGCCUGUUGCUCAGAAGAGAAGAAAGAUGGGGGGAGAAAAAAGGGAGGCAGCCAAAGCGGAAGUACAGAAGCUAAUUUCGGUAGGCUUCAUCAAGGAGGCCACCUACACGACCUGGCUAGCCAACGUAGUGUUGGUAAAAAAGGCGAAUGGCAAAUGGCGGAUGUGUACAGACUACACCGACCUUAACAAGGCGUGCCCUAAAGACAUGUACCCUCUCCCAAGUAUCGACAGAUUGGUAGACGGUGCAGCUGGACACAAGGUGCUUAGUUUUUUGGAUGCAUACUCUGGGUACAAUCAGAUCCCAAUGUAUCCUCCUGAUAAAGAAAAACAGUGUUCAUCACGGAGGAAGCUAACUUCUACUAUGAAGUCAUGCCUUUUGGCCUAA